AAGGAUAUAAGCUGCUGCUGCAGUGCUGAUUGCCAAAUGUUUGAAGAAAUGGCUCCACUUCGGUCCUCAGGAUAUAUUGAUCCUGGAUGGGAGCAUGGCAUUGCUCAAGAUGAAAGAAAGAAGAAGGUCAAAUGCAACUACUGUGGGAAAAUAGUCAGCGGUGGAAUAUUCAGGUUGAAGCAACAUUUAGCUAGAAUUUCUGGUGAAGUUACUCACUGUGUUAAGGUUCCUGAGGAAGUAUGCUUCAAUAUGAGAAAAAACCUGGAAGGAUGCCGUUCAGGUCGAAAACGAAGGCAAACUGAAUAUGAACAGGCAUCUUUAGCUUUCCACUCUAAUGAAUAUGAUGACAUGGAAGAAGCUUCUUGUAGUUACAAACAAAAAGGCAAAAGGGUGGUGGGUGACAAGAACUUGGUUAUAAGGUUUGCUUCUCUUCGAUCCUUAGGAUAUGUGGACCCGGGCUGGGAACACUGUGUUGCUCAAGAUGAAAAGAAGAAAAGGGUGAAGUGCAACUACUGUGAAAAAAUUAUUAGUGGAGGCAUAAACCGAUUUAAACAACAUCUGGCUAGGAUCCCUGGGGAAGUUGCCUACUGUGACAAGGCACCUGAGGAAGUGUACCUUAGAAUCAAGGAGAACAUGAAAUGGCACCGUACUGGAAGAAGGAAUCGGAAACUUGAAUCUAAAGACAUAUCCACUUUCUAUACCAACUCAGACAAUGAGGAGGAAGAGGAGGAACAUGAGGGAGGGUUGUUGCAAUAUUCAAGUAAAGAUUUGCUGGUCAUUGAUGAUAAAUUUUCUGACAAUGACAUCAGAAAUAACAUCAAGGGGAGGUCCCCUGGUAGCAGCAGCAAUGGUGCUGAACCACCAAUGAAAAGAUCAAGAUUGGAUUCAGUGUUUUUGAAGUCUCUUAAAAGCCAAACAUCAUCACACUACAGGCAAACAAAAGCAAAGAUGGGUUUUGAGAAGAAAGCUCGAAAGGAAGUGAUCUCUGCUAUCUGCAAAUUCUUUUAUCAUGCAGGAUUGCCUUCAAAUGCAGCAAAUUCCCCAUAUUUCCACAAAAUGCUGGAGUUGGUUGGCCAGUAUGGGCCAGGUCUGCAAGGUCCUUCCAGCCGACUGAUAUCUGGUCGAUUUCUUCAGGAUGAGAUCACUACCAUUAAAGAGUAUCAAGAAGAAUUUAAGGCAUCUUGGAUGAUUACUGGUUGUUCUAUUGUGGCUGAUAGUUGGAAUGAUCUCCAGGGUAGGACAUCAAUAAACCUUUUGGUCUGUUGUCCCCGAGGUGUAUAUUUUGUUUCUUCUGUUGAUGCCACUGAUAUAAUAGAAGAUGCCGCCAGCCUUUUCAAGUUGUUGGACAAGGUGGUGGAAGAGAUUGGUGAGGAAAAUGUUGUUCAGGUAAUCACUAAGAACACUGCCAGUUUUAAGGCCGCUGGGAAGAUGCUAGAAGAGAAAAGGAGAAAUUUAUUUUGGACACCAUGUGCUAUCCAUUGCAUUGAUCAAAUGGUAGAGGAUUUUUUGAAUAUAAAAUGGGUAGGAGAGUGCGUAGAUAAAGCUAAAAGAGUUACAAGGUUCAUUUACAACAAUACUUGGUUGUUGAAUUAUAUGAAGAAAGAGUUCACAAAGGGACAGGAACUUCUCAGGCCAGCUGUUACUAAAUAUGGCACUACAUUCUUCACUUUACAAAGUAUUUUGGACCAAAGGGUGGGUCUUAAGAGAAUGUUCCAAUCAAAUAAAUGGAUAUCCUCUCGAUUUACCAAAUCAGAUGAUGGUAGAGAAGUCGAAAAAAUUGUCUUAAAUUCCACAUUCUGGAAGAAGAUACAGUAUGUGAUAAAAUCUUUAGAACCAGUUGCACUUGUUCUUCAGAAGAUAGAUAGUGAUGAAACCCAAUCAAUAGCACAUAUAUAUAAUGACAUGUGUAGAGCUAAACAUGCAAUUAAAGCUAUUCAUGGGGAUGAUGCACGAAAAUAUGGACCUUUCUGGAGUGUGAUAGAAAACCAAUGGAGCUCCUUGUUUCACCACCCUCUUUAUGUGGCUGCUUACUUUCUUAAUCCAUCUUACCGCUAUCGUCCUGAUUUCCUAUUGAAUCCUGAGGUUAUUCGUGGUCUAAAUGAAUGCAUUGUUCGAUUAGAAGCUGACACCGGGAAAAGAGUUUCUGCAUCCAUGCAGAUACCUGAUUUUGUGUCUGCCAAAGCGGAUUUUGGAACUGAUUUGGCUAUAAGUACUAGAAUGGAGCUCAAUCCAGCUGCAUGGUGGCAGCAACAUGGGAUAAAUUGCUUGGAGCUUCAACGAAUUGCCAUUCGCAUGCUAAGCCAGACAUGCUCAUCUCUUGUAUGUGAACACACGUGGAGUAUAUAUGAUCAAGUUCACAGUAAAAGGCAUAGUAGUGUGUCUAGGAAGAGAUGGAAUGAGCUUACCUAUGUCCAUUACAAUUUGCGACUAAGAGAACGACAACAAGGAAGAAAGCCUGGUGAUGUGAUCUCAUUUGACAAUUUAAUUACAGAAAACAUACUGGAUGACUGGCUUGUGGAGUCAGACAAACAACCCAUGCAAGAAGACGAGGAGAUCCUUUAUAAUGAGAUGGAACAAUUUGAUGGAGACGUAAUGGAUGAGAAUGACCAUCAAGAAAAGAGACCUGCAGAUAUGGUGACAUUGGCAGGGGGGGUACUUGAGCCUUUGGAUGUUAUUCCUACUGCCGGAGGAGUUACCACAGAAGAUGACGGUCUUGAUUUUCUUGAUGAUGAUUUGACAGAUUAGUUAAUAUGUGCAAAAGGAGAAGGUUCAGCUUCAGCUACCUAUGCUCGAGUUGUGAAGACUGGAGUGCCAAGAGCACAUGGUGGAAGAAGUAAUCGUGCUCUGAUUCAGAUCCCUUUUUUUUUACUCAGGGAACAGCUGGACUGGGGAGGUUAAAUGCCACCUCGUGAUUACCAGUGUCAACCCAAAGGAUUGCCAAUUUUCUAGCCAGAAGCUUUAUGUCUGGAGUAUGUGGUCACAUCAAUCUUUGAUUGUUUUGCUUCUCAGGGCUCACAAAAAGCAGAGCGAGGUCCCAUGCAUGGCCAAGUCUAGAAUUCCAGGAAGUAGUGUAUCAUUGAUCAUUUGACCAGUAACACAAAUUAAAGGAGGAGAAACCGAAACGAAGCUCAACUCGGAUAAAGGAACAAUAAAAAGUAUCCUUGAACACGGAUUCCCAAUGCUCCAUAGGAUUAUGAUUUAUGAUUACAAAUAAUUCCAGGUAAAAAGACCGUUUUCAGCGACGUGCUCGCUGAAGUGUAUAUUUACGAAGUACUGUUCAAGAUGAACCGACUCAGUGCUCACCAAGAUCAGCAAGCCUUGUUCGAAUAGUCUCUAUUACAAAGAUACUCAAGCGUUAAUUUCGAUAUAAAUGUGACGAAGUUCCUUCAAAUACAUGUUGAUGUACAAGACAUUGUUUUCUGCUAAGCUAUGGUAAAUCUAUUUAUAUA